AUGGCUGGGAACAAAGGACGCGGACGUGCAGCUUACACCUUUAAUAUUGAGGCAGUUGGAUUUGGCAGAGGUGAAAAACUACCCGAUGUAGUCCUGAAACCACCCCCACUAUUUCCUGAUACAGAUUAUAAACCGGUGCCACUGAAAGCAGGAGAGGGCGAAGAAUACAUGCUGGCAUUGAAACAGGAGUUGAGAGAAACUAUGAAAAGGAUGCCUUAUUAUUUAGAAACACCUGAAGAAAAACAAGAUAUUGAAAGAUACAGUAAAAGAUAUAUGAAGGUGUACAAAGAGGAGUGGAUACCAGAUUGGAGAAGACUCCCAAGAGAAAUGAUGCCAAGGAAAAAGUGCAAAAAAGCAGGCCCCAAAUCCCAAAAAGCAAAGGCUACGGGCAAAGGCGCAUCACUCACUAAUACUGCAGAUGUAUUGAAAAAAAUCGAGGAAUUGGAAAAGAGAGGUGAUGGUGAAAAAUCAGAUGAGGAAAAUGAAGAGAAAGAAGGAAGCAAAGAGAAAAAUAAAGAAGGCGAUGAUGAUGAGGAUGAUGAUGCUGCAGAACAAGAGGAGUAUGAUGAAGAAGAGCAAGAAGAGGAAAAUGACUACAUUAAUUCAUACUUUGAAGAUGGAGAUGAUUUUGGUGCAGACAGUGAUGACAACAUGGAUGAAGCAACCUAUUAG